ACCUGGGUAACUUGUUCUUCACAGUCUAUCCAACUCUCUCUCCACAUCUGCCACCAUGACUCGCUUUUUCUGCUGCGGCAACUACUUCCCAGGGUAUCCCUGCUAUGGAACCAACUUCCAUGGGACCUACAGAGCCACCCCCCUGAACUGUGUUGUGCCUUUGGGUUCUCCUCUGAACCAUGGCUGUGGAACCAUCUACAGCUCCCGCAACUUCUGCUAUGGUGGUAUUAGUAACUUCAACAAUCCAGGCUGUUGCUAUGGCAGCAGCCUCUACAGGCCAUGGGGCUCUGGCUCUGGCUUUGGCUACAGCACCUACUGAUGGCCCAAUGGCUCUAGAGACUACAGAACCCUCAACCAGUUACCAUCACAAGAAACAACCUGAAAAGCUGCCUUCCAGCCUCCCAUGGUGGUCGCAAGAUACUCACUGUGGUGUGGUUCUCCAGUAAUGCUCAGCAGGAGUCCAUCUCUAAGCUGAAACUCAUCUACAGCUAAGAGAAACAAGACAUGCUUUUUCAUGAGAGACUGAAAAUGACAUCAACAUAAGUGUAUUUCCAGUUGGGGUAUGUGGGUAGGGUCUUACUGUUAGUCUUCCAAUAAAUUUGUUUCAUGCAUCA